AUGUCUACUACCCGCAUUGCCGUCGUCACAGGUGCCUCCCGAGGAAUCGGAGAGGCCAUCGCCUUGCGUCUUGCAGACGAUGGACUUGACGUUGCCGUGAACGAUAUUCCUUCAAUGGCAGAAUCGCUCAAAGCGGUUGCCGAGAAGAUACGGCAGAAGGGCAGGCGCUCUCUCGUCGUGACUGGGGACGUCUCGAAUGAAAAUGACGUGAAGGCCAUGGUUGAUAAAGUCGUAGAGACACUCGGAGGAUUGGACGUUAUGAUUGCAAAUGCAGGCAUUGCCUUUGUGAAGCCAGUCGUCGAGACUUCUGUCGAAGAUUAUGAUCGCGUCAUGUCUAUCAACGCUAAAGGUGUCUUCUUGUGCUUCAAGUAUGCUGCUGUCCAGAUGAUCAAGCAAGGCCGAGGUGGAAGAAUCAUAGGCGCUUGUUCCAUGGCUGGCAAGACGGGAUUCAGUAAUUCUUGUGCAUACUGUGCGUCGAAAUUUGCAGUGCGGGGACUUACUCAAACUUGUGCGCUUGAAUGGGCGAAGCACAACAUCAUUGUCAACAGCUAUGCUCCUGGAUUUAUUAACACCCCGAUGAUAACGGAAAUCAAUAAGGUUGUGAGUGAGACGGACAAAAGUUCAAACACGCUGGAUUUUGUGGGCUUCGGGAAGGAUACUCCAACCGCGCAGCCAUCCGCCAUCGGGGAACUUGUCUCCUAUCUCGUAAAGCCAGAGUCUCAAUUCGUCAGUGGCCAAUGCAUAAAUAUCAAUGGAGGCAUUUGCUUUGACUGA